AUGAAAAUUGUAUUGUUUGGGGCGCCAGGUGUGGGUAAAGGUACAUUUGCUGAAAUAUUAGCAGAAAAAGAAAAAUUAAAACAUAUAAAUAUAGGAAAUAUUUUAAGAAAUGAAAUAAAAAAAAAUUCAUCACUUGGGAAAGAAAUAAAUAAAAUAGUUAAUAAUGGAAAUUUAGUUCCAGACAAUAUAAUAACACAUAUUAUUGAUGAAGAAAUAAAAAAAUGCUCUAUUAAUAAUCCAAAAAAUUUUAAAGGGUUUAUAUUAGAUGGAUUUCCUAGAAAUAUAAAUCAAAGUAAAGAAUUAAUAAAAAUAACAAAUAUCGAUUUAUUUGUUAAUAUAUUUUCCCCAAAAUAUAUACUAAUUAAAAAGUUAUUAGGAAGGAGAAUAUGCUCUACCUGUAAUAAUUCUUUCAACAUUGUUGAUAUAAGAGAUGAGCAAUUUGAUAUGCCACCACUCUUACCAUCAAAAAAUUGUCAUAUUUGUAAAGGGAAUGCAGAUUUAGUUAAAAGAAGUGACGAUAAUGAAGAAACAAUUUUACACCGAUUAAAUUCUUAUGAAUCUAGUAAUGCACAAAUUAUUGAUUUUUUUAAAAAUUUAAAAUAUAAUUUUAUCGAUUUUGAAAUAAAAAAAGGAAUAAAAGAUUUUGAUGAAUUUCACAAAUCGAUUUUUAAAUACUUUUAA